GGCUCGGUUUCUAGUAGGGGAAGCUCCGCCUCCUAGGGCUGUUGAUUGGCCCAACUUUUUUUCAGCUAAUUUUUACCAGCAUCCUCUCGGUCUGAUUGGCUCGCUUUGCUCAAUUCCGCCGGGAGCCGCAUCCUACCUGGUCGCGAGGUGUACAGCCUCUCCACCUUCUCCUUUCUGCACUCACCAGUCUGCAGCUGAGGUGGGAGGAAAAGUCCUGGCUGGAGAACUAGGAAGAAAAAGCGAUCCCCAUGGGUUCUUGGAAAGCUCUUCUCUUCUCCCCUUUUCUUCUGUGGAAUCAAAGGAGAGGCGUGAGGUUGAUGUUCCUGUUACUGACCGUGCAUCUGGGAAACUGUGUUGAUAAAGCAGAUGAUGAAGAUGAUGAGGACUUAACAGUGAACAAAACUUGGGUCUUGGCACCGAAGAUUCACGAAGGAGAUAUAACACAAAUUCUUAACUCCUUGCUUCAAGGCUAUGACAAUAAACUUCGCCCAGAUAUAGGAGUGAGGCCCACAGUAAUUGAAACUGAUGUUUAUGUAAACAGCAUUGGACCGGUUGAUCCCAUAAACAUGGAAUACACAAUAGAUAUAAUUUUUGCCCAAACCUGGUUUGAUAGCCGUCUAAAAUUCAACAGUACCAUGAAAGUGCUCAUGCUUAACAGUAAUAUGGUUGGGAAAAUUUGGAUUCCUGACACCUUCUUCAGAAACUCAAGGAAAUCUGAUGCUCAUUGGAUAACAACUCCUAAUCGUCUUCUUCGAAUAUGGAAUGAUGGACGGGUUCUAUAUACUCUAAGACUGACAAUUAAUGCAGAAUGUUACCUUCAGCUUCAUAACUUUCCUAUGGAUGAACAUUCAUGUCCAUUGGAAUUUUCAAGUUAUGGAUACCCUAAAAAUGAAAUUGAGUAUAAGUGGAAAAAGCCUUCUGUAGAAGUGGCUGAUCCUAAAUACUGGAGGUUAUAUCAGUUUGCAUUUGUAGGAUUACGGAACACAACUGAAAUCUCUCACACAAUCUCUGGGGACUAUAUUAUCAUGACGAUUUUCUUUGACCUGAGCAGACGGAUGGGCUACUUCACCAUUCAGACGUACAUCCCGUGCAUUCUGACUGUUGUACUUUCUUGGGUGUCUUUUUGGAUCAAUAAAGACGCAGUACCUGCAAGAACCUCGUUGGGCAUCACCACAGUGCUGACUAUGACCACUCUGAGUACAAUUGCCAGGAAGUCCUUACCGAAGGUUUCCUAUGUGACUGCGAUGGAUCUCUUUGUUUCUGUCUGUUUCAUUUUUGUUUUUGCAGCUUUGAUGGAGUAUGGCACCUUGCAUUAUUUUACCAGCAACAAAAAAGUUAAGACUGCUAGAGAAAAAAAGCCAAAAAUCAAGACCUCGAUGUCCUCUGGACUCCAUCCUGGAUCUACUCUGAUUCCAAUGAAUAGCCUUUCUCUGCCGCAAGGAGAAGAUGAUUAUGGCUACCAGUGUUUGGAGGGCAAAGAUUGUGCCAGCUUCUUCUGUUGCUUUGAAGACUGCAGAACAGGAUCGUGGAGGGAAGGGAGGAUACACAUACGCAUUGCCAAAAUUGAUUCCUAUUCUCGAAUAUUUUUCCCAACAGCUUUUGCCCUGUUCAAUCUGGUUUAUUGGGUUGGCUAUCUUUACUUAUAAAUUCUACUUACUAGGAAAAAUGAAAAAGAAGUCUGGCUAAAUCCAAUAUAAUCUACUGUCCUUCAAUAGCAUGAAGUUUGAAUUCAAAAUGCAAAGAAACCAAUGGUUUAAAUGUGAAUAUUUAUUUUACCUAUUUUAUGGCUUUCAUAGGUAAAUAAAGUAGCAGCUUUCAGAUUAAUGUACUUUAUAUAAAACAAAUUAUUGCAAAAUUCAGCCUAUUAAAAUAGUAUUGUAUAUUUGUACUUUAAUUUUCUUUAUUUUUACAUAUAUCCUAUUAGGAGUUUGAAUUUAUGAGUUCUGUGAUUCAUAUUUUAAAGAUGGAAUAAUUUAUUACAAAUUUUAUUUAAAUUUAGCCAAUCAUUUGUAAUGGUGGCCUAAUCUAAUGCCUAAUACUAUGUAAUCUUUUUUUGCCUAGAAAAUAUUGUUAAUUUGGUUUUUUUUUUUUUUGCUUUUUAUUUUUAUGCUUUGUUUAGGAUAGAACUAGUUGAAAACAUUAAACCAUGAUUUCAUUGGGUCGAUUUCUAAGAAGCUUUACACCUCCAAAUAAAUUAAUUUUUAAAUUUUUAUAUUUUAAAGAAGAAAGGCCAGUUUUUAGCUUACCUUUAAUCUAGUUCAUUUCCUGAUGAAAUAUUUAGGUUUGGUGGCUUGCAAACUAGGAUGGAAACUAUCAAAGACACUUAAAUACAAGGUGAAAAGAAAUGAAAAAUAUUACAUUUAACCAUUUUAUUCUCUGUCUUAUAGCAUUUAUGAAGAACAAAGAGAUUAAUACUGAAAUGCUUAGAUCUACCAACCUUGAAAUUAAAUGACUUUUUCUUAAUCUUCUGCAAAAGUAUUAUAUUCCUUAAAUUAACAACAACAACAAACAUUGAGGAACAGGGCUUGUAUUUACUCAUGUGGCUAAAGAAUAUUAUCCAGCAAAUUGAUUUGAAAUUCAAUUUGAGGAUAUUGUCUUAGGUACAUACUAUUAACAUUUUUCAGACCAGUGAUAUUCUGGAAACACAGUUUCGGGCCUGUGUUGUAUAUUGUCUUUUCCAGUUCCUAAAUUUCAGCUUGGUCAGCUUUACGAGUUUGUUAUAAAUUGUAAUGACAUUCUGUUUUUCAGAAAACGUGAGCAGGCACAGAAACUAUAUUAAAGGUGAAAUUCUGUUAGAGGUACCUCUAAUGAAAAUGAGUGUAUGGAACACUCUCAAUUCUGAGAGACAGGAACAAAAAUAAUCUUACUAUAGUUUAGCGCCUGUUGAUUAAUAGUUUCCAAAUGUCUGUUUUGUUAAGAGGCAAGUUAAACUCAGGCUUUAAUUAUUGUAUUCCUAUAACUAGUUUAGCAUAUCAAUUAUUUAUAAGAACUCCCUGUUCAUUCACCAUCACCUAAUCAUUUGGAAAAUCACCAGGGUGAUCUUGAGGGUAGCCUUUAAACAUUGUUUCCAUUGUCAACAGCAACUGUCAGGACAGAGUUUUAAGAUCUGACCCAUCUCAGGUGUGUGGAGGAAGCUACCGCUUGUGCAUGUGACACCAUGUGGUUAGUGAAUACAUGAAUAUGCUCUGGCAUUGUUAUUCUUGGGCUUUUAGGAUAUAUAGGGGUUAUUUUAGUCUCGUGUAUUUCAUUUUGUAUCAACAGCCUACAUCUGAAUUUUUUCACUUUGCUUAUAAAUCUUGGGGAAAAGUAACCAUGAAUUAAGUGAUAUUGCCCAAAUAUCCACCGACACUGCUUUUUUUGAAUGGAGAGCCAAAUUAAACUUUGGCCAUGUAUAUAUUCACUUACAAAGUGCUCAUGCUUUCAUUUUUAUAACAUUGCAUAUUGAGAUAUUCUUAAGGUAAACAUUCAUUUAAAGAUAAAUGAAAAAUGAAGUACCAAUGAAGAAUAAAUCAUUUCACUAAAAUGUAUUAUGGAUAUUUCCAUGUUUUAAACUCUAGUCUGCUCAUUAUCAUGGGGGCAGUUUUAAUUCUGGUAUUCUUUCAAGUCUAUCUGAGCAUGACCAUACUUCAAAAUUCUUAAAAAUUAAUAUGAACAACUUUGCUUUUCUCACUGUGUUCCAUUAACUCAACUUUACUGUUCAAUUUUCACAUUGUGAAUAAAUGGAAAUAAAAUAUGAUGAUAAAAAUUAGAUAAAAAUAUGACAGAUGGUUUUCUAUGUACAUUCAUUGUAUAUACCAUCAAGACAUGUGAUUUGUUUUCAAAUCCAGUGGUAUACUGAGCAGUUCUAUUUAAAUAUGCAAAUCAGAAAGGGACGUGUGUACAAAUUUUAUUCUUUCUAAAAAUGAGAAUGAAAAGAAGAUGCAAUUAGAUUAUUUUUUACAAGAAAUCAAGUAGAUCUUACUGUAAAAGGAAAUGCAGUCUAAUCCCUGUUUCUCUCUUCUUUCAAGUAUUAGUUUUAUUAUUUUAGGAAAGAAUUCUUAAAAAAAAAAAUUCCUCCUUUUUCUCCAGGUGAGUUACAUCUUGAUUUUAUUGGACUCACUAGCACUUGUGUUUUCUGACUAUUUAAAUAUACACUGAAUAACAUACACCACAAGAAAAAAAAAUAGAUAUAGAAAGGAUAAUUGGACCAGAGGGACUUAAAAUAAUUUGGAGAAGUGUUAAUUAACAGUGCUAUCCUCUAAAUAUGUUACCAGGAUCCAGAAGUAUUGAAAAGGAAAAUUGUGACUGGUAUGAUUUUAUUCUCUUAGAUUUAUGAUUGCAUGAAAAUAUUUUAUCUAUUUUGAAUUGCAUAGAUAGACUCAAUUGAAAUAAAAUUCCUAAAAUGUCAAGUCAUUUCUGAAAAAAAGAGAAAAACUUAGAUUGUCUGAGAAUUCUGUAGGGAAAGGGCAUAAUUCAAGAGUAAAUCUAACUAAAUAGAAGGUGUUAAUGUAAUUAGAAAUUAGACAAUUCAUUGGAUACAUUAUAUUUUAAAAAUAUAGAUUUCAUUAAGGAGUUUUUAAAACUUAUUAACUUUAGGUUAAAGUACAAUAAAUAUGGGCUUCCCUGGUGGCUUAGAUGGUAAAGAAUCUGCCUGCAAUGAGGUAGACUCAGGUUCAUUCACCAUUGCAGGCAGGGGUUGGGAAGAUCCCCUGGAGAAGGGGACAGCUUCAGUAUUUCAGUAUACUGAAAUAUACUGAACCCACUUCAGUGUUCUUGCCUGGAGUAUUCCAUGGAUGUAGGAAACUGGUAGCCUAUGGUCGAUGGGGUCAAAGAGUCGGACACGACUGAGCGACUAACAUUUCACUUUUCACAAUAAAUGUGGGUAAAUAUAGAAACAACCCCCAGGGUUUUUCUCCCCCUUUAGUGAGUUCCCAUAUUCUGAUAUUAAAUUUAAUCAUAAGAUAUCUUAUAUUUCAGCUUAAUAGCAAGGCCCAUAUUGAGAGCUACAUCCUUUCCAAGGAUUCGGCAUCAAAAAUAGUGAUUGACAGAGCUCCCAAUCAAGGGCCCAUAACUGUAAGAUGUGAAACUGUGUUUCAAGUCAAGUGUGUUGUGAAGAAAGGCAUCUCGUACUUUGAUUAUGCAAGAGAUUUAGAUGAAAUGAUAUGUUUGAGUUUAAAAUUUAAAUUUAUUACCAAUAAUUGAAUAAAUGCAUAAUAAAUAAAUAAACACAUGUAUAAAAUCAUCAGUUUAUUUUUUUGUUGCUCAGUCAUUCAGUCACAUCUGACUCUUUAUGACUCCAUCACCUUGAGCCCACCAGGCUCCUCUGUCCAUGGGGUUUCUCAGGCAAGAACACUGGAGCAGGUUGUCAUUUCUUCCUCCAGGGGAUCUGUCUGAUUCAGGGACCGUAGCUGUGCCCCCUGUGUCUCCUGCAUAGGCAGGCAGAUUCUUUACCACUGAGCCACCUGGGACGUCCCCAAAGUUUUAUACCAGUGCCUAUUUUCACUCUUGAAAAAUUCAGCAAGAUACCACAUUUGCAAUUACAAUAAUUCAUUGAUCUUAGUGCCGGAGUUUAAGUGAAGUGGUUCCAUAGACAGUGAUUUAGCAUUUGUCCCAAGAAUAGCAUUUUGAAAAUAAUUUCUGACCAAGCUAUUUUUCUUUACAUCGUCAAAUUUAUGUAACUCCCUUUGUCACACCAAACAAAGUCCAGACUUACUUGCUAUUGUUUCUAUUGGUCACCAUGGUUUUUGCUGUUGGAGAGCCCUUAACAAAGCAUAGUAAAGUCAUGGAAGCCAUUCCCAACCUUCUAACAAAAUUUUCUAAGGAAUUUCCAGACACUACUGACCACAUUGCUCUAGUCAAUGUAAGGUCAGGUCUGUUUUCCUUGUGUUUGCAUUUUGAAAAUAACCUAACAAUUCAAAUAUUUAUGCAGCACUUCCUAUGUAUAAGGUAAUGCGGUACAAGAGGGAAUGUAAAAAUGAACUUUCCAUAGGAAAAUUAUCAUAUAAUCAGAAGAUUAGUUAUACAAUUUAAGAGAGGGAAGAUAACUGAGAAAGUUUCUUGGAGAAUAUGUGCUUAGAAAUGGGAGUUUGAGAAUUCAAUAUGUCAAUAGGUGAGGUUAAUAGAGAACACGUUUUCCAGUUGAGUAAACAGCUUGAAAAAAGAAACAGAAUCAAAUAAAAGUUUGCUUUCAUUUGGGUACAAAUAAAAGUUCAUUUUAACUGAAGGUUAAAAUUCAUAUAGGAACAAGCAAAGAUGAGGCUAGAUAGAUAGAUCUAGCCCCAUGAUAGGCAAGAAUACAAAUUUCAGAGGGCUGGGUGCUUCAAGCCUGGCGUGCUGCAGUCUAUGGGGUUGCAGAGUCGGACAUGACUGAGCUACUGAACUGAACUGGGUGAUACCAAUUCUUGAAGAGUGUAUGACGUUACGUGAAUACAGAAGCAUCAUUAUUCAUAUCACAAAAGUUUCAUCCUACUGGUGUGUGUGAUGUUUAGAAUAAGAAAAACCAGUUAGGAAGCUUCUACUAUAAUACAUGGAAGGAGAGAGAAUGAAGGUCAGUAUGCUGGGAAUAGAAGUUCAGUGGAGUAGGGGGAAAGAUAGAUCCUGAAAUAAAAGGAAAAAUGGCAAAGAAAAAGCUGUGAUUAACAGACAAUAUUAACUAAGUGACAUGCUGUGUGUAAGAAAGGGUGUCCUGCAUUGCAUAGUAGGUAAGGCGUGUAAACCACUAGAACAUUACAAGGAAAUUUCGGAUGUAUUAUGAUCUUGUUGUUACUUGUAACAUUUUAAUCAAAUGCUUAUUUUCCCUACUGAUCUAAGGUUUUCCCACAUUAGGGAUGACAAAAAAGAAUAAUCUCCUGAAAUACAGUCUGUCCAGAUUGUUAUUAUUUUGUAAAAAUCUGUUCCCUCACUGAAAAGGGCUUUCUCUUCAAGUAACUUUCUCUUCUUUCUUUCUAACUAAGGAAAAAUACUAUAUUUGGACAAAGAGUGGAAGGGAGAAGUGUGAACAGAAAUAGGCUGCUGAGUGACCAGACAAAUGCAGGAAGUUGAUUUCUGAUUCUCAAACAAUUUCUGAAAUAUUUGUCUCAACGUAAAUUAUUGUUGGACAAUGGAAUGUAUCUGGUACCUUUGAAUCUGUGUGAAUAGUUCAGAUUAGCCUGUGAUAGCUAUAAUGCAGUUAAGCUGAAAAGAGUUACUAAUUAAAAGACUUUGAAGAUAUAGAUGAUCUAAAUACAAAUGGUUUGGAUCUUGAUAAACUACUGUGAUAACAGUUUAUUUGUGUCCAUUUGUAGUCACUUUGUAUAAUAAAAUUUUAUGGCUUGUGAUUGCAAUGGCUUCUGUUGUCAGCUUCUGACCCGUCAUUUUGGGGAGCAUCCUGUGAGUGUGUGGCAAAAGUAUCUCAGUUUAUCUGUCUUCUUUCCUUUAAUGAUUCUGAGUGCAAAUAAAUGCAGUAACUUAU